AUGGAUCUCCCGCGAGAUGUUGAUGACUACAUCAAAGAUACUAUCGAUCACUCUUUGGGGAUUCCGAUCUCCACAGAAGCUCUCCAGAAGAAACUCUGUACGGCGGAAGAAUCUCAGCGACGUCUCCGUGAACAAUAUCUGUCACUGGUCGCCAAAUCGAAAGAGAAAGACCAAGUGAUCGACCUCGUUAGAUCCGAAGCGAGUAUGAAUGCGCAGGCGUUGAAGAAAUUCGUUGAAGAGAAUCAGAAACUGUCAGGCGAGUGCGACGAUUUGGCGAAUCAGUGUAAGAAGUGGGAAAGAGAAUGCUUACUCUACCAUAAAGACCGUGAAGCACUGAUGGAUUUCGGGAACGAGACGGACGAGAGGGCUAGAGAAGCAGAAUCUAGGGUUCGUGAAUUAGAGGAAGAAGUGAGAAAGAUGACUGAUGUGACGAAGCGUCGAAUGGAAUCUGACAACAAAUCCUCGUCGUUUGAAGAAGAUUGUUUGCUUGAUUCAGUUUUGGCAUCGUUCUUUAGCGAAGAUGAAAGUUUUAUUGGGCGUAUCUUCUUGGAGGCAAACAUUGAAAACCAGUCAUGUCAAGGUUUGUUGAGCAAAUGGGAUCAGUUGAAGCCAUCAACGCAGAAAGCUGUUUCUCUAGUUUCGAUGGUGAAGAAGAUUGAAAAGGAAAAAGAAUGCCUCGUCUUGAAUCUGGCUAAGGCCGAGCAAGAAGUAGAGUUUGUGUGCGAGCAGAACAGAGAGCUGGAUAGAGAAAACCGCAAGUUGUUGAAGCAAUUUAGCCCACUUUGUUCUGCAGAGAGAAGCAACUCCAACAAGAGAAAGAGCCCUAAGAUGAUGAUGAGCAGCCCGAUUGAGAAAAGGCUUGAUUUGAGCAGUCCAGGAUUCUUUGAUGCGUAA